AUGGCGCUGACGCGGCAGGGCCGCUUGGGGCUGAGCUCUAUUCUCUUUUUGCUCGCCUUGGGUUGCCAGCGGGCUCGGGCUGCCGACGAGCCUGCUGCUGCUUCGGCGGCUUCUCUUUCCGAGGGUUUUGAGCCGGCGCUGGGAAGUACUGCUCCGUGCCAGCGGACCUGCCAGAGCACCUACCCGCUGCAUACUUACCCCAAGGAAGAAGAGCUUUAUGCAUGUCAGCGAGGCUGCAGACUUUUCUCCAUUUGCCAGUUUGUAGAUGAUGGUGUUGAUUUGAAUCGGACCAAACUGGAGUGUGAUUCUGCAUGUACUGAGGCAUAUUCCCAGUCUGAUGAACAAUAUGCUUGCCAUCUGGGAUGUCAGAAUCAGUUGCCAUAUGCUGAACUGAGGCAAGAGCAACUGAUGUCCUUGAUGCCAAGAAUCCAUCUUCUGUUCCCCCUUACACUUGUAAGAUCAUUCUGGAGUGAUAUGAUGGAAACAGCCCACAGCUUCAUUACUUCUUCAUGGACUUUCUACCUUCAAGCUGAUGAUGGCAAAAUAGUAAUAUUCCAGUCAAAGCCAGAAGUCCGUUAUGUUCAAGGACCUCCUCAGGAAGCCAUGGAUCUAAAAGAAUCAACUCAAAUCAAAGAGUCUUUAGAUCUACAACCAAGAGGUCCGCAGAUACAUUCAGAAUUUUUUGAAGAGGACGAAAGUGACAGUUUCUUCAAAUGUAUUUCAAUAAAUUCUGGUUGGAUAUUAACUACUACACUUAUCCUCUCUAUACUGGUGUUGCUCUGGAUUUGUUGUGUGACUGUUACUACUGCUGUGGAGCAAUAUGUUCCAUCUGAGAAGCUGAGUAUCUAUGGAGACUUGGAAUACAUGAACGAACAGAAGCUGCACCGAUAUCCGACUUCUGCUCUUGUGGUGGUUAAAGGCAAAACUGAUGAACAGGAAGCAGGACCCCUGCCAGCAAAAGUUAACCUGGCUCACUCAGCAAUAUAAAUAGCUUUUCAAAAUGAAUUCUGUAGUCUGACUCUACAAC